AUGGCUCGUGAACCUCCUUUUUCCAAUAUAAUUAUCGGUGAAGAAAUACCUUACAAAUAUUCGUAUAAAUUAAUAAAGUUUUUGUGUGAUAACAAUGUAAGAGCAUUUGACCAUUCGCGAUUUAGACAAUUAAAAUGUAUCCAAAGAGGAAGUUUGGCAAUGGUAUUUUCAGCUGCUUUUGAAGACAAAGUUUACGCG